AAAAAAACGAAGGGAACGCCAUCUUGAUUCUCUAGAAUUGCGUUUCUUUUCCGGUUCUUUUGACGUGUGUAUUGUAUCAAUACAAAAAUGGCCAAGCGUACCAAGAAGGUAGGAAUCACCGGGAAGUAUGGUACCCGAUAUGGUGCUUCCCUUAGAAAAAUGGUGAAAAAAAUGGAAAUAACGCAACACAGCAAAUACACCUGUACAUUCUGUGGAAAGGAGGCCAUGAAACGUAGCGUUGUUGGAAUUUGGUCCUGUAAACGAUGCAAAAGGACAGUUGCAGGAGGUGCCUGGGUUUACUCCACAACGACCGCUGCAUCCGUCAGGUCAGCAGUUCGUCGUCUCCGUGAAGUCAAAGACCAGUAAAUCUAUUUAAUUAAUAUAAUAAAAAAUCAUUUUCCAAACAA